UAAUUUGUUUCACUGGACAUUGGUUUUGUCCUCAUAUGACUCCUUCCUUUCUCCACAUGGAAAACAUUCCUAUCUCAUAACAACUGCUCCAGAGAUCCUAUCAACACCAAUACCUUGAUGCUCCUAUUGCCUGGUGAGACAGAUGGUAACAACAUCACUUUGGAUUUUGGAAGACACCUCCAAAAGGCAGCAGAAGCCCAGAAAAGACAGAGCUACCCUGUUCCUACAGGUGUUCAUUGUGUACGCUCAGACAAGCUCCCCACCACACCAGAUGUGGAUGUUUUGCCUGAGAGCCCCACAAAUGUCCCCUGCUCACUGCUCCAUCACCCAACAGGGGCAGAAGUGAUGCAAACCCAACCUCCUGCCUCCCAAACCUGCAGGGGUGACCCAGUUGCCUUCUACCCCGACAGAUGCUUCCAGCAGCCCAGCCAUGACACAGAGCAACCAGACCUGCUCCAGCCACAACAUAACCUUCAAGAACAGCCUCUACGCCACCACCUACACCCUCAUCUUCAUCCCUGGCCUCCUGGCCAACAGCACAGCCCUGUGGGUCCUGUGCCGCUUCCUCAGCAGGAAGAACAAAGCUGUCAUCUUCAUGAUCAACCUGGCCCUGGCUGACCUGGCUCACGUCCUCUCGUUGCCCCUAAGGAUUUAUUAUUACAUUAACUCCGUCUGGCCCUUUGGGACCUUCCUCUGCUCCCUCUGCUUCUACCUGAAAUACCUCAACAUGUACGCCAGCAUCUGCUUCCUCACCUGCAUCAGCAUCCAGAGGUACCUCUUCUUGGAUCAGCCCUUCAGGGCCAAGGGCUGGAAGCGGCGUUACGACGUGGCCAUCAGCACGGCCGUGUGGCUAGUGGUAGGGGUGGCUUGCUUGCCCUUCCCCAUCAUGCGCCACUACGGGAUGGCCAAUAGCACCAGGACCUGCUUUGCAGACCUCCACCUCCGGCAGAUCGACAGCAAAGUGGCCGCCGUGCUGAUGACCGGGGCCGCCGAGCUCUUUGGCUUCAUCCUCCCCCUCCUCCUUAUUUUAUUCUGCACUUGGAAGACCAAAGAUUCCCUGCGGGGCUUCCAGGUGUCCCUGCCCAGCGGCGGGGAGAGGAGGAAGGCUCUGAGGAUGGUUUUCAUGUGUGCCAUCGUCUUCUGCGUCUGCUUCGCCCCCUAUCACGUCAAUUUCUUCUUCUACGUGCUGGUGAAAGAAAACGUCAUCACCGACUGCUUCCUGAGUGCCAUCACCCUCUACACCCAACCCUUCUGCCUGAGCCUGGCCAGCCUGGAUUGCUGCUUGGAUCCCAUCCUCUAUUUCUUUACGACUUCAGAGUUCCAGGACCAGCUCUCCAGGCACAGCAGCGUGGCCAUCAGGAGCCGGCUGAUGAGCAAGGAGAGUGCCUCGUCCAUUAAGGAGUGACAAGAAAGCUGGCUUCAAAGCAGGGAGGGAUUCCCUAGGGAAUCUGGGACUGUUCUGUGAUGUUCCCUCCGUUGUGGAAGAUCCUGCGAGUUGAUCCGGGGGAGUUUUGUAGCAGUGGAAACCUUUCAGUACCUGGAAGGUAAAGCUCUGGUUCAGCCCAAGCUGCUGAACGCCCCAUGAGGUGUGACUGCACUGACCACUGCCAAGCAUACCUGGCCGAAGGUGAACACCCAAGGGAGCAACAAACCUUUGGUUAGCAACUGCUGGAAACAUCUCAGGAGCUAUUCUGCUGUUUUCCCCACUCCAUGACUAUGAUCAAACCCAAGACACUCACUACCCACACAUUGACAUCCACCAAAGUGUCCUUUCGUUUAAAAGCACACAGUACAUAGAAGAACCUGAAAAUGGCCAGUAAAAUAAAGGGCAUAAAAAUAUAAAUAAAAUAACCAUCACUCUUCAGUUCCUCUAAAGGGCAAAGGGGACUUACUAGUAAAAUACAGCCAGCUCUUGUAGCUCUCCUCCUCUUUGGGAGAAGAUAAUUUGGGCUAUAGUACAAUGAACUUAACAGUACAGGUGGAUAAGUGAAAAUACCAAAACAAGCUCAUCUGAAACAAGGCACUGUGGCAUAGAGUGUUGUCACAGGCUGCAGGUGAUGCAAAGAAGGCAAAGAGCCUUCACCUGAAGGCAACAGAAAUGUUUUUCCUGACUGACCUGGCAGCUUCUUACACUGGUGCUGAUUAUUGGGUGAAAGCAAGUUGAAGGCACUGUUAUGGCAGUGAUGUAGCU